UCGAGCAAAAAUGACACAUAAUUCCAUAAGAUUUCGUAACAAAUUGUCCACAUUGAAUUUUGUAGCAUUCUCAAGUUGAAUCAAUGAAGGGAUAGAAUCGUGGAGUGCGAAUUUGUUGUGAUAUGUGUUUAGUUGAAAAAUAGAAAUAUUAUAAAAUAGUGUUGAGUGAAGAAUAUCGCAGAAUGUCUUACGGCAAGAUUGUUGUUAUGGCAUGUGGGAGCUUUAGCCCUCCUACUUACAUGCACCUUCGAAUGUUCGAAAUCGCACGAGAUUAUAUUCACACAUUGAACUUGGGGAAUGUGGUUGGAGGUCUGGUGUGUCCUGUGCACGAUGCCUAUGGGAAGAAAGACCUGGUUCCUGCCCAUCACAGAAUAUCAAUGUUAAAACUAGCGCUGAGGUCAUCAUCAUGGAUCAAGAUAUCAGAAUGGGAGACGCAGCAGACAGGGUGGACGAGGACCAGGGUCUCUUUGCAGUAUCAUCAGGACACAAUAAACAACUACCUAACAGGGGUCAACGACCCGGACCCGCCAUCUUGGCUACCAGAUGAUAUACUAAACCUCAACAGUUUGGAUGAGCCGGACAACUUGAUGGAGAAGUUCAACGGUAACACGCAAGAUGGAGUCACCGUCAAGUUGUUGUGUGGAGCUGAUCUCUUGGAGUCCUUCGCUACUCCUGGACUGUGGUCCGAUGAAGAUUUGGAGACGAUAGUGGGUCGCCACGGACUUGUGGUGGUGACCCGGGCCGGCUCUGAUCCCGGCAAGUUCAUAUACGAGUCGGAUAUACUCUACAAACAUAGGAAAAACGUGAUCCUAGUAACGAACUAUAUAGCCAAUGAAGUUAGUUCGACGCAGAUCCGUCGGCUGGUGAGUCGAGGGGAGAGCGCCAAGUAUCUGACGGACGACGGAGUACUGGCCUAUGUACGACAACACUCGUUGUACGGCGCGACUCGGGAACAUACGGAGGCGGAUGCCCGUUGUAGCUGACGUGUUGCGCGCGCCGCGACGAGACGACUACGUAAUGGGGCGUCACCGUAGCAGGGACGUAGCGAGUUCGUAGCGGGACUGUAUCGAGUUCGUAGCGAGUUUGUAGCGGGACCGUACCGAGUUCGUAGCAAGUUCGUAGCGAGUUCGUAGCUGGGAGGGGCGGAGCGCGCAUACCCUAUUCCUAAUUAUAAGUUUAUUCUACUUAGUGCUUCGCGUGUCCACUAGUUUGAUGUUCGUUUAUGAUUAUUGUUACGGAAAAUGUUUGAAUGUGUUAUGUCGGAAUCUUCGAAAGAAUAAAACCUUUUCCGAGUAGCUGUGGUUUUAUAACCACAAUAUUAAACUUGUAAAAUCAAAAUAAUAAUUUCACACUAAAUCGCGAGUGACAUCACAAAAGCACCAAUUUUUAAUAUGUAAUUGUUAUAUUAAACACUUAAAAAAUAUAUCAUUUGGUGGAAAUGGAAUGUGAUACAAGUUGUGGCAAAAUUAAAUAUUUUUGGAGAAUGUAUACAAUGUUAUAAUAAAAUGUUACGUUUAAAUCGCUCAAUGUUGUAAGUGCAAAAAAUAUUGUUCUAAAAAGCUUGCCGGUUUGUCUAUGAUAUAAAGUGAAUGUUUUUGUAUCAACUAGUGGACACUUUACUGGUUUAGUUUGAAACUUUUUUAUGGAAAAUGUGCACGAGAUAUUUUUUAUUACCUUCUCAUUUCUGAGUUUAAUUUCUUUUAUUCAAUAUUGUGUGGAUUUGAAAAAACUCCAAUUUUUCUCGUGAUUGUUUGAUGGCAUAAUUCAAUUAUCUGUGAAGGAAGUUCCUGUAAAAUAAUAAUUUUUACAUAAUACAGAAUACUGCGUCAAUGCAAUGGCGCGAAUUAUCUGCUUGCUAGGAAACUGAACUUUAGUUUAACGUAGCAAAGUUCAAGUAGCUCGUGGUUUUGAUUAUGAUCUUUUAAUUUAUCAAUUAAAAAGUUUUCAAUUUUUUUUCUUUACAGUUGUGCCUUUGCGUCUUUGGCAUGUUUUCCAUGAAGAUUCAAACAGCCAUUUGCUAUUUUUCAGCAUUGAUUUAGCUUUCCCGCUGAAUGUACUACGCUUCUGUAUUUAUACAGCAUGUAAAGGAAAAAUAUGAUAUUUUACAGUGAUAUCAAUUUUCAAUUUAAAAGCUUUUGUAAUAGAGUUGAAAAUUUCAUAGUACAGAAUGUCCACAAUGUACUUGAACUUUUACUUAGACGAUCUGUUAAAAAUUAAACAUUUUUCUUCUACAUGCUGUAUAAGAAAUUAAUCUUAAGCCUUAUAGGUCAAUAUUGAUUCUGCAGCUCUGCAAUUUUGAACUCUAUGUAGCCGCGCUUAAAGUUCUUUUUGAAAAAGAACUUGGCUUGCGUUAGGCCGUUAUUACUUUAGGGUACAAACUUGAGCACAUAUAACUUCGUAUCUGCCAAAAUUAUUUAAAACAUUUUGAACCUUAUUUCUCUUAGUUUGUGGGUGUUGGGUGACUCUUAACAUGAUAACUAAUUCAAUUUCAGCCUUACUCUAUUACAAUAAAGUUCAAAAUGUAUUAAGUAAAAACUGACAGUUAAGGAUAGUUAUUUGUGCUGUCUAUACUCUGAAGUUUGAGCACUUCCCUGCAUUGGUGUUCUCAAAGUGAAAUUAGAUAUAAUUUUAGACCUUAAUAUUAAGUGAAUAUAGCUUUUUACAGAGUUGCAAAGUCUCGUCUAAACACUCGAACAUUAUUUAAUUUUACGAUGUCCUUAAAAGUUGGACUGUCUGCUGUCAGACAGUUCUAAAAUUAAAGAAACAUAAUAAAGUUACUCCAUAAGCGACUCUAAAUGGAUUUUGGCUUCCGAUACGAAAUCCAUUUUUCGCGGUUUUCGCAAACGUGCACAGUUUAAAAUUAGAUAAUGUUUUAGUGUUCAGCCUUUAGAGUUUUCACAUAAAGCGUCAUUUCAUUUUAAAGAACGAUUAACCAAAUAAGGGUGUUUCGUUUUUGUGAUCGGUAGAUGGCGCUAGUGAGUUUUACAUUGUGUCGCCAGCGCAUCUGCCUACCUAUUCAAAGAUUCAAUGACGUCAAAUGUGGCAUCUCUUAAAGCUUUAGGUACCAAUCCUAGAUUAUUUUAUAGUUGUAGAUUUAUGUGUAGCAUUUUGUAUGGUUUGAAAUUUUUCUUUUUUGUUAUGAAAACUUUACUUAAUUUUGCAUGAAAUGCGGGUUUAUUGGUAAUUAUAAGUAGUGUUUAUUCUUAAUGUGUUAGUUACGAAUAUCUUUUGGUUUAUAUUUCACGUCGUAAAUUGUUUUGUUAUAAUAAAUCCUACAAAUUGUUUUUUGGAAGUUAAUGUUGUGCUUGUUAAGAUAAGUAAUGAACAACGAGGAAAUGGUACUGGAGUUUAUUUUAUAUUUAUUUUGUUUUGAUGGUAAAAUUCUCAUUUGUGAGUAAUCUUUGUAAGGAUAAGUAUUUUCCUUCAGUGUUGCAUUUAGUACUUCAUUAAAUUCCAAGACGUUAAAACAGAGAAUCUUUUAUGGCCGAUUUUUCUGUUAAUUCUUAACUAUAGAAUAAAAUUGACAUUUGACAGUUUUUAGUAUGGAAGAUUUGUCAAAUAUUCAACGUGAU